AUGCCGGGCGGCCUGGAGAAGGCGUGUCAUCAGUGCAUCUCUAAAAUCGCCAGCAAUGCCUGCUUCAUUCUCGCGCUCACGGCUCUCCUGGUCCUGCCGCUGUCCAUGGCCUUCACAGGAAUGAAGUUUUUGGAGGACUGCCCCAUACAGCCUCUCAUUCCCUUAUAUUUGCUAGUGGGUGGGAUCAUCGGUGCCUUAAAGGUGUCUCUCUUGCUGCAUGACUCCACCAGGAUGAGGCGGCUUCUGUCCAAGGCUCUGGUGAUUGAUGACGACGACGACGAUGAGUAUCCCUGGAGACAGAACGCGCACAAAUACUACGUGCACCUCAUCCUCAGCCUCUUCCUCUUCCUCUGGUUUAUUCUGGGGAAUUACUGGGUCUUCUCUGUGUACCUGCCUGACUUUAUUCCCCCUUUCCAGCAGCCCCAGGCAUACUGUGACAAAACCCUGUACCUCUUUGCCGUAGGGGUCCUGGUGCUCAGUCACACUGUGCUCAUCUUACUGGUCCUGUGCAGCGGUUGUGUCUAUGUGUGUUCCAGGUGGAGAUUUGCUGGUGAUGAAGACUGA